AUGGAGUCAGACAUUUUGCAAACCUCCCAGGAAGCACUCACCUGCUUGAUUUGCCGAGGCAUCUUUAUGGAUCCAGUCUUGUUAAGGUGUGACCAUAAUUUCUGCAAGGCCUGUCUCAUCCUUUCUUCAGAAGAUAUCAGAAUCCCAGACCUCUGCCCUGAAUGUAGGGAACCAUCCCCUCGGAUGUUCAUAAAUCAUAUCACUAUGAAGACUCUGGAAUCUACUGCGAGAGAACACAGGAUCAUGAAGUAUUUGAGUUCUGAGGAUCACAAGUGUGUGAUCCACAGGGAGAGAAAGACAAAAUUCUGUGGUAAGAGCAGUGCCCUCCUCUGUCAAUUGUGUUCUGACUCCCAGGAUCACAGAGGUCACAGACACUGCACCAUUGAACUGCGUGUUACAAAGCAAAUGCUGAAACUUGAAAAGCAAAUGGCAUCUUUAUUGCAGAAGAUCCAAGCUCAGCAGAAGAAUGUAAAUGCAGAGAGGAGAACAAUUCGUGGAUGGUUGGACUUUUUGACCCUACGGGAGGAAAUGAUCAGGUCAGAGUAUAGCAAACUAUAUCCACCCAACGAUGAAGAAGAGAAUCAACAAAUGGAGUUUAUGAAAAAUCAAAGCAAUACUAUUUUAGAUGAGCUCAAGAAAAGUGAAGCCAUGAUGGUCCACAAGAGGAGUCAACUAAUAGAAUUGUAUCAGGAGCUGAAGGCGAUGUCCCAGAAGCCAUAUGAGGUGUUGCUGCUGCAGGAUUUGGACGACUUGUUCAGAAGGAGUGAGUUAGUGCAGCUGACACAGUGUAUGAAACCAAAACUCAGUGUCCUUCCCAAUACUGGGCUGGCUGCAAGGUUCAACCACUUCCAAGUGAAAAUUUUCUUUCAAAAUUUAGUCCUGUUCGACUGCCAGCCAAGACGAUUUUUUAAUUUCAGAAGACUCAGCUUUAGACCCCGCAAUGACAUUCCAUUUCUGGAUGUACCUGGAUCUUAUCGUACUUCCUGGGGAGCAGAGAGCUUUACCACUGGAAAAUAUUACUGGGAGCUGGAUUUGAAGGACCAUGAGCAAUGGGCUGUAGGGGUCUGUUACAAUUUCUGGUUGAGAAACUUUGAUAUUGGAUCUGAAGGUGCAUUUCUUCUUGUGUGUUUGAAGGACGGUGAUGUUUACAGUCUUCUCACCACCUGCCCAUCAUUGCACCACUAUAUAGAGAAGCCAGCUGGCCGGGUUGGCGUGUUCCUUGAUUGUGAGGGUGGAUAUGUGAGUUUCCUGGAUGUAGCCAAGAGUUCCUUCAUAUACAGCUACUGCCCUGGAACUUUCUAUUACACUGUCAGGCCUUACUACUGUACUGUCUGCACAUGA